UAUCCGGAACAGCUGAUUGUGUGAGUGAGACGUGGGAAAUUAACAACUCCACACGUGUAUUCAGUUUUUCGCAUUUUCUGUGCUCAAAAUUACCAUGAAAACUGUGAAAAAGAAGAAGGUGUCGAAGAAGAACAAGAGUUCUUGGCGGAAACAUGUGGAUAUAUCAGAUGUGGACGGUUUCUUGGAGUCAUCGCGACUUGAGGAAAGAAUAGGGACUGUUGAGGAUGUUCCGGACAGUGAACUGUUUCAAGUUGACAAAACACCCAGCAAGAAAUCUCAGAAUGCUUCCGUGAAGUCUAAACGUCGCGCUAUAGCUUCCCGGCCACUGAAGUGUCUGUCUGGCUUGGAAAACGCCUCCAAGGUCACAGAUCCCCUGAAGAACAGGACGAAGGUUAAAAAUUGCAAAAAUGCCAUGCGAUUGAAGCAUCCUUCGGCAAAAAAGGGAAAAUCAUCAAAACUUGAGGAAAAGAAACAGGAUUUCGCUGAGGAUCUUUGGAAUGAUGUUAAAUCAUCUGCGGAAGCAGGAAAGACAGACACAGGACUGGACAGCGAGUGGUUCUCCGAGAAAUUGGUGGAACAUCAUUUGAGAGACACUGGAAAGGCUCCCUUCAAGGUUCCCAAUACUGCACGCCAGGUAACAUCGAAACUGAAGGCUUUCGAGAGUCCUCAUCCGGGAACGAGUUACAAUCCCAGGAAAGACGAUCACAGGCAAUUGCUGAACGAUGUUAUCAAGAACGAGGAGACGUUGAUGAAGAAGGACGCACAUCUGGACAGAGUGACAACGAAGAUGUUCAGCAAAGUAGCGCCUGAGGAGAGAGACAGGCAAUUGCUGCAGGAAAUGUCCGCAGGUUUGGGCUUUGACGUGGAGAUCAAGCAGGAGGAUGAGAUAAAGAAGGAGUUCCCAGAAGAAGACACCGUGGGAUCGAUAAAUCCUCCUGUUGAGCGGAAACCGAAGAGUAAGAAGGCGCAAAAGAAGAAGGCAGAGGAGAUUAAGCGUCGGGAAUUGGUGAAGAAGAGCAAGAUUGAGAAGAAGAAGAUUAGCGAUAUUGUCCGGAUUGGACAGCUGAAGCAGUCCAUUGUGAAGAAGGAAAUGAAGCUGGCUAACAGAAGAAACAAGGAGGAUAAGGAGGAAGCCGAGAAGGCCUUUAAGCCCCGACGAUUGGGCCAUCGGGCCUUCAAAGAGCCCGACGUUGAUGUGGCGUAUCCAGAAGAGGUGACUGGAAAUCUGAGGACGACGAAGAAUCAGGGAAGCGUCCUGAAAGAUCGCUAUGUGAGCCUGGGAAGACGAAAUAUGCUGGCGCCCAGCAAGAGACAAGGCGUCAGGAGACGCCACAAGGUGAAGAGAUAUGUGAGGAACACGCACAAGUGCGCCAUGGAGAAGCCCAUCAACACCUAUCAGCCCGGAAAGAAGAAAUAAAUCGGUGAAUU